AUGCUAUCACCAGAUUUGUCUUCUUAUAUGGACUCAGUUCUUCGUGAGUCGAUUGAUCAGAUCCAGUUGGAUCGCGAUUAUAUCUCGGCCAACCAAAAAACUCAGUGGAAAGAUAUAGUAAAGAAAAUGGCUCUUUACAUACGAUCCAUCGUUUCCGAGUUGUACAAGGCGGAUAUGAAUUUUGUAGUGACCAAUCCAUUAGAUCAGUCUCGUGAGACGAUUGAUGUCAUGGUUGGACGAGUACAGGCCAAUCUUUGCUCUCGGUUCCCUCAAUCCCCACCUUUUACUAUUCAUCAUUUGGUGAAUACACUCAAAUUUUCCACCCCAGGUGAUUUACUGCCGCCUAAUUUAUCUCUUGAAGAUUUAGUGGAUCUUUCAAAAGGUUUGACUUCUUACAAAGUUCGUUCGAUCAACCUAAUCACCAAGGAGGAUUCUUUUGGACAUGCUGAGAACGUGUUUCACUCCGUUCCGCGCUCUCUCAAUGGCAACACAUCUACACGGCUCGCCAACGUUUAUGCAGUGAGGUUUCUACGGGUUAUUGACCGGAUUGUGUCCGUCCAGAGUAACGUGGAUGAAGUGAACUCUGACUUGAAGAAAUGUAGGUCCCAGGCGAAUUGUUCGGAUGACAAACCCAGCUCAGAUGUUACAGAUAGCAUAAGGAUGACCCAGAUUUCUUGGAUUGCUGAGGAUGUGAACUCUCCUAAGAGGCCGAACGCGGAACCUGCAGACACGGACAGAGUCAUCAAGAGGUCCAAAAGCAUAACUAAGUUGAAGCACAAAAGUACUUCUGAUGAUAAGGCUGAGAGUUUGGAAAGUUUGGGCGAUAAAGGUGGUGUAUGA